ACCUCUUCUCCCCCUUCCUCGUCUUCUUCUUCAUCUUCCCCAAUCGCCCGAGUGCACACGCUAGAAUCGAUCGGCGUCGUUUGGAGGACGGAUUCUUCGAAGCUUCGCCCUCUCCGAUUCGUCUCCGUGGGAUCCAUUCCCCUUCUUAAUCCUCUUCGUCGUCGCCUUCGAUUUCGAUUUCGAUUUUGAUUUCGAGGUCGCCUCUCCUCGGCUCCAUUUCCUCUCCUAGGGUGCACCAUGGCGCAUAUGAUGCAGAAUGAAGGUGCUUCAUCUAGUUCAACUUCAACCUCCCUGAGCAGCCAGAAAAGCGAAACAGAUGAUGAUAGGAUGAUAGCUAUUGUCCUUUCAGAAGAAUAUGCCAAUUUAGAUGGUGCAAUUGCCAAACGCCUUUCCAACCUGUCUUCAAUUCCUCACGUUCCUCGGAUAAACACAUUUAUUCCAAAUUUAAGUGAUGCCAGCCUAGAUCAUCAGCGCCUUCUCCAAAGGUUACAAGCUUACGGCUUAUGGGAAGUGAAGGUCUCUGGGGACGGCAACUGUCAGUUUCGAGCACUCUCAGACCAGUUGUACAGAUCACCAGAGCAUCAUAAACAUGUCCGGAAGGAAAUAGUAAAGCAGCUUAAAGAGUUCCGUUCUUUAUAUGAAGGUUAUGUCCCCAUGAAGUACAAGCAAUAUUAUAAGAAAAUGGCUAAAUCUGGUGAAUGGGGAGACCAUCUUACACUACAAGCAGCAGCUGACAAGUUUGCAGCAAAGAUUUGUCUUCUAACAUCAUUCAGAGACACCUGUUUCGUUGAGAUUGUCCCACGAAAUCAGCCCCCCAAAAGAGAGCUAUGGCUAAGUUUCUGGUCUGAAGUUCACUACAAUUCAAUAUAUGAAGCCCGAGAUUUUCCUGGUCAAUGCAAGCCCAAAAAGAAACACUGGCUAUUUUAGAUGCUUGUGUGAUACACACCAUGAAAGGGUGCUUCUUGAUGCAGAUAGCAUUUACUUUAUUUCCUUAUCGAGCCUUUUGCACUGGGAUGCCCUCAUCAUUCAUACACAUUGGUGGUCAAGGAAGUUACAUCUGCUGUGAAUACAUAUAAAUGCCUUCUUUAAUUCUUUUUUUCUUUAUUUUCUUUUUUUUUUUUUUUUUUUUUUUGUCUGCAUAUACUUUGUAUUACUCAUGACAUAUGUUCCAAUAACCAUAGUCAUAUUCUUCUGUUGUAUUCUCUUACUCAUUAUAGUUUAUUUUCAUGACCUUAAUUACAAUGUAUUAUAAUAUUGAGACAGAUUAAUUUGUGGACCUAAUAUAGCAAAAGGGAAGGGGGAUGCGGUAUGUUUGGGGAAAAUGAAGACCUAUCUUCUGACCAUUAUAUGGGAAUUGGAAAUAGAUUUUUUUUGUAAUCA